CUCCUUUUUUCAAUACCAAUCGGAUUGGUCUUCUUGUUAGUCCUCGUCGUGUAUACCUUUUUUGGUACCAAACGCGAAUCCUCCACAAGAUCUUUCCACACUACCGCUUCCAUCACUUCUUUGCCAGACUUGUGUUCUCGUUGUGGAUUCGUAGCUAGCUCACUGUGUAUCUUUUGCGGACUCUACGCUUCUUGCAAUGAAACUUCAGCUCGCUUCUCUUGCUCUGUGGGCGUCAUCUGCUCUCGCGUUUGCGCCUAACUCUCUACCUUCUCGGAACAAUCGUGCGGUAGGGUAUGUUCCUUCCUCGAUCUCCUCGCUGCACGCUGCGGCGUUGGAACCUCCACCGCUGUCCCCGCUCACACAAUGGGGCGAUCGGAUCGAGAACAUUCGGGCGCUGCAGGCCGAGCUCAAAGCCCGCGAGUUGCCUCCCUUUGCCCCGGAGCUCUCCGCCGUCAAAGACUGUGGUCUUGCUCGUGAGGACACCGAAGGACAACUCGCCUACGUCCGCGACAACGCCAUGCGCAUCAAAACUAUGAUGCAGGAACACGGCGCCGUCGUCUUUCGAGAUUUCGAUCUCAUGAAGACUCAAGAAGGAUUCCAAGCCUUUUACGCAGCCAUAGGAAUGAAAGCCUGUUUGGAUCCCUUGCAUUCCGUAUCGGCACGGCCAACGGUGGAUGGACAAAAGAAUUCUCCCGUCUACGAAGCCGUCAACAAGGAAUCGCGCAAGAAUUUUUUUAUUGGCAUGCACAAUGAAUUCGUCGGAACGCGCGCUCCGCGUGCUGCAGCCUUUGUCUGCUUCAAGGCCGCCGAAACCGGCGGGGAAUUCCUUGUUGCCGAUGGCCGUCGCAUGUUUCGUGAUCUCGAUGCCGAUCUCAUCGAAGAGCUCUACAACCGAGAAAUCCGUUACUCGGUCAUGGAAUUGCCAUUUUUUGGAUGGAUCGAUAACUUGCCCUCGUUCGUUCAGCAACCCGCCAUGAAUGUCGUUCGCGGGGCAGUUUCGGCGGCGAUCAACGCCAAGGUAGAUUUUGACGUGGAAUUACUCUGGGGCGAAGGUGGAUACGACGGUACCCGCAUGUUACAAGCUCGAGCACCAUCGCAGCCGCCGAUUGUCAAGCACCCCGUCACUGGAGAUCCGACCUGGUUUUGCAACGUGCAUUCUCACAGUUCGAAACUGCGUCAUCAGCGCGAAUCAAUCUAUGGUGCGGAACGUUUCGAGGACGGUGCUUCCCAAAUCAACAAGUCCGACAUGUUUUUUGGUGACGAUGGCGAGCUGUCGGAGGCACAGUUGAAGCAACUGGAUGAAGUCACGGUGAAAAAUACCCGCUACGUCAAGAUGACGGAAGGAGAUGUCGUGCUUUUGGACAAUUAUAAAACUAUGCACGGGCGCAACGUCUUUGACGGAACCCGCAAACACGGCGUGGCCUGGUUCGAGGGAUGGGAAGGUGAAGCUGAUAUGAAACAACAAUUUCAAGCCGAAGGAGCUUCUCAAAAAGUGGUUGCGUAAACGAACAAUUAACCCGCUCCUCGUUCCUGCGCAAGUCUCCAUUCCAUAGACACACUCGCGUGUUAUCAAAUCCAGUAGCGCCUGCUUCUAACUAGCUCUUUUCGUCUCGAGCGCCGAGGAAAAGCGGCACUUUAGUUUUGUGGAGUCCACCAAAUUCUUAGAUUUGAAUCUUAACAAAGAAAUUGAGUCUUAAUGUAGGUUUGCGGGGCGGAAUGAGAGCGUUGUAUCUAUUGAGAUCGGAUUAAUAACCUUCACCUUUUAGA